AUGGAUUUCAACGUUGACUUCAAGAGCUUCGGCAAGAAUCUCUCCGAUCUCGGAGCUCAGAUUACGCCUUUUGCAUCGCGUACCUUCCAGUACACCAAGGAGCAGUUGGGUCAAACCGACGAUAAGGUGACCCAGCUGCCUCCCGACUACAUUGACCUCGAGAAGCGCGUCGAUGCCCUCAAGCAAGCUCACCAGAAGAUGCUUUCCGUGACCUCGACCUACUCGAACGAGACCUACGACUACCCAGCCAACAUCAAGGAGACCUUCCAUGACCUGGGCCGCACUGUCAGCGAGAAGGUCCACCUGCUGUCAUCUGCGACCUCCCCCGGCGAGGCGCAGGCUGCCCUUGUCGCGCCCCCGAGCGCCAAGCCCCAGCCCAAGACCUUCAGCCACGCCAUUGCCCGCGCCAGUUUGUCGAGCAGCCAGAUGCUGCACCAGAACCACACGGGCGCCGGCGAGGAUCCCCUGGCUACCGCGCUUGAGAAGUACGCCUUGGCCUCGGAGCGCGUUGGCGAGGCCCGCCUCGCACAGGACUCGCAGAUCCAGAGCCGCUUCCUCGCAGGAUGGAACACCACUCUCAACACCAACUUGAACUUUGCGACCCGCGCUCGCAAGAAUGUGGAGAACUCGAGGCUGUCGCUGGACGCUGUCAAGGCGCACGCCAAGGGCACCACGUUCAAGCUGGGACAAGGCGCUCAGGGAGCCCAGCCCCACGAGGAGCAGGAGCUCAGCCCCGAGGCGCAGGAGGAGAUUGAGAAGGCCGAGGACGAGUUCGUCACUCAGACCGAGGAGGCUGUUGGCGUCAUGAAGAACGUCCUCGACUCCCCCGAGCCUCUGCGCAACCUCUCGGAGCUUAUCGCUGCCCAGAUCGAGUACCACAAGAAGGCUGCUGAGGUUCUCCAAGAGCUUGCUCCUGUCAUUGAGAGCUUGCAGACUGAGCAAGAAGCCAGCUACCGCAAGAGCCGCGAGGAAGGUUCCUAA